ACUUGAGGAAGCUGAGAAGUUAACCCUGGGAGGGGUUGUGCAAGUGUUUGUUCCUCACAUGGUUCAGGCCCUGCUGGAUGCCAAGGGUGGUCUUUGGCUCACCCAGGCUCGGGUGGCUUGGUAUCAGGCUAAGCUUUUAGAGAACCCUGAAGUCACCCUGCAGACCUGCCCCUCCCUUAACCCAGCCACCCUUGUGCCAGAGACAGAGGAGCUGGAACAUGACUGUUUAGAUGUAAUAGAUGCCCAAUACUCCAGCAGUCCAGACUUAAAGGACCAACCAUUUCCAAAUGCGGAGUGUGAGUGGUACACUGAUGGCAGUAGUACUGUUGUAGAUGGACAAAGGAGGGCGGGCUAUGUUGUUGUGACCCUCCACGAUACCAUGGAAGCCGAGGGUUUGCCUGCUGGAACAUCUGCUCAGUUUGCUGAACUAGUAGCCCUGAUCCGUGUGCUUGAACUGUCAAAAGGAAAACGGGUCAACAUCUUUACUGACUCUAAAUAUGCUUUUGGAGUAUUACAUGCUUAUGCUGGUUUGUGGAAGCAAAGAGGACUGUUAACAGCCCCAGGCUCUCCAGUUAAGCAUAGGUCUCAGACCCUCUGGCUCCUAGAAGCCGUACAGCUCCCCUUAGAGGUAGCAGUGGUGCACUGUAAGGCCCAUCAAAGGGAAAAUCAAGAUGUGGCCCGGGGUAAUGCUAGGGCAGACAGGGAAGCCAAGCGUGCUGCUACCUUGCAGUCACCGGAGGCAGAGACUGCCCAUAUGCAUGCCCUUAUCCCAUCGGUAGGGGAGCUCCCAGCCCCGCAGUACUCUCCGGAAGAAAGAAACCUGGCUGACAGGCAUGGUCUCCAAGAAAAGGAGGGAUGGCUCUACUCCACAGAGGGAAGAAUUUUAUUACCUGAGAGCCUAAACCGACCAGUGUUACAGCAAUUACAUCAAACUACCCAUGCAGGGAGGGAGGCUCUUACCCAGCUUGAGUAAAUAUUUUCUAACCUCUGGACUUAGACCCCUAGCAUCCCAGGUACAAGCUGAAUGUUUGGUUUGCCAAAAGAAUAACCCAUGACCAGGACUGUCAGUGAGGCCAGCCACUCUAGAACCCACCCCAGGUCCAGGACUGGUGUGGCAAAUAGAUUUUACUGAGUUCCCCUGGACUCAAGGGUACAAAUACCUUCUCAUCUUAGUGGAUCGAUUCAGCGGAUGGCCUGAAGCCUUCCAAUGUCGAAACAAUACGGCCAAAACAGUGGCCUUAAAAUUUGUCAAGGAGAUUAUUCUUCGAUUUGGACUCCCCCAGUGGAUGGAAUCUGACAAUGGAACCCACUUCACAUCAAAAAUUGUUCAAAACAUAUCGGAUGUCUUACACAUCCCUUGGAAGCUCCACACUCCAUGGCGACCGCAGGCCAGUGGAGUAGUGGAAUGCACGAAUCAGACACUCAAGCGACGUCUCUCAAAGGUCUGCCAGGAGGCUUCUCUUCGGUGGCCUGAUGCUUUGCCCCUUGUUUUACUCUGUGUCCGUGCUCUCCCCAAGGGCAGAUUAGGGCUCAGUCCCUUUGAGAUUAUGUUUGGAAGGGCAUGGCCUAUGAAUGGUACAUCGGUUCUGGCAGGGGAGUGGGAAAUGGGGUGUGGUUUCUUGUCUCAGUACAUGCGCUCUUUGUCUGCUGUUCUCUGUUCUCUCCACAGGUACACCAAA